GCGGUCUCAGGUGCAGCCGCUGAGUGAAGACCUAGUCCAGAAAGGGAAGUGUAAAGCUCCAGCUCAAAGAAGAUGAACGGCACCCUGGACCACUCAGACCAACCGGAUCUUGAUGCUAUCAAGAUGUUUGUGGGCCAGGUUCCCAGGACCUGGUCUGAGAAGGACUUGAGAGAACUCUUCGAACAGUAUGGUGCUGUCUAUGAAAUCAACGUCCUAAGGGAUAGGAGCCAAAACCCUCCUCAGAGCAAAGGGUGCUGUUCUGUUACAUUUUACACCCGUAAAGCUGCAUUAGAAGCACAGAACGCUCUUCACAACAUGAAAGUCCUCCCUGGGAUGCAUCAUCCUAUACAGAUGAAACCUGCUGACAGCGAGAAGAACAAUGCAGUGGAAGACAGGAAGCUGUUUAUUGGUAUGAUUUCCGAGAAGUGCACUGAAAAUGACAUCCGAGUCAUGUUCUCUUCAUUUGGACAGAUUGAAGAGUACCGGAUAUUGCGGGGACCUGAUGGCCUGAGCCGAGGUUGUGCAUUUGUGACUUUUACAACAAGAGGCAUGGCACAGACAGCUAUCAAGGCAAUGCACCAAGCACAGACCAUGGAGGGCUGCUCGUCCCCCAUGGUGGUGAAGUUUGCUGAUACGCAGAAGGACAAAGAGCAGAAGAGAAUGGCCCGGCAGCUCCAGCAGCAGAUGCAGCAGAUCAGCGCAGCAUCCGUGUGGGGGAACCUUGCUGGGCUGAACACUCUCAGACCGCAGUACUUAGCACUCCUUCAGCAGAUUGCCUCCUCUGGGACCCUCAACACCCUGAGCAGCCUCCACCCGAUGGGAGAGCUCAAUGCGAUGCAGUUACAGAAUUUGGCUGCACUGGCUGCUGCAGCUAGCGCAGCUCAAAACACACCCAGUGGUACCAAUGCUCUCGCUACAUCCAGCAGUCCCCUCAGCAUCCUUGCCAGUUCAGGGUCCUCACCCAGCUCCAGCAGCAGUAACUCUGUCAACCCCAUAGCCUCACUUGGAGCCCUGCAGACACUUGCUGGAGCAACAGCUGGCCUUAACGUCGGCUCUUUGGCAGGGAUGGCUGCUUUAAAUGGUGGCCUUGGCAACAGUGGCCUUUCAAAUGGCACCAGUAGCACCAUGGAAGCCCUCACCCAGGCCUACUCUGGUAUCCAGCAAUACACUGCGGCUGCGCUCCCCACCCUGUACAACCAAAAUCUGUUGACACAGCAGAGUAUUGGUGCUGCUGGAAGCCAAAAGGAAGGUCCACAGGGAGCCAACCUGUUCAUCUACCACCUCCCCCAGGAGUUCGGAGAUCAGGACCUGCUGCAGAUGUUUGUGCCCUUUGGGAAUGUUGUGUCUGCCAAGGUUUUUAUAGAUAAGCAGACAAACCUGAGCAAGUGUUUCAGUUUCGUGAGUUAUGACAAUCCACUUUCAGCUCAAGCUGCCAUCCAGUCCGUGAAUGGCUUUCAGAUUGGCAUGAAGCAGCUCAAAGUGCAGCUCAAGCGUUCUUCGAAGAAUGACAACAAGCCCUACUGAGUGCCCCCCUCUGAGACUGGAGAGGGUCUUCUGAUUCCUGCCGUUUGUUCAUUGUUGUGCCUAAAGCAUGUCGAUGUGGCGUCAAGUACAUCGUCCAAAUCCCUGUCUCUUCAGCUUCUCUGAUGCUUGAACUCUCACCUUUGACCUUGUGUUGAUCUUUGAUGCUGAUGUGUAUUUUUUAUUAUGUUUGUUUCUUUCUUUGUUUUUUCUUUCCUUUUUUUUUUUCUUUUCCUUUUUGUGCUGCCAAAAUUGGUUUUGCUAGAAUGACUGCUGAAGGGGAAAUAUUUAAACUUGCAUUUGAAUACAAAAAUCUAUUUUUCUAGAACUUCAUAAGAUAACCACUUGAUUUUGUGAUUCCAAUUCUUUGUAAUUGUCUUCAGAGUAGCCCUACUAGCACAUACCGCGUGGUGUUUGUGUUUCUGUGAACACACAGCCGGUCUGUUUCUAGGCUUUGUUUCUGUGUGCUUAGUUUUAAAGACAACUUUGAAGUAAAUAAUGAAAUAAAGGGUGUCACUAAA